UAUAUGUUGGAGAACAUUGAUUUGGGCUUCCAGGCACAGCGCGUGAUGCUUGGUGGUACCCAAGCUGUUGUCCGGAUGGUUUCUCACUUGGAUCUGGACGUUUGAGUCGGUUCAAGUUCAGCUUCGGAGAGAGGACAGAAGUCUUCCCAGGUGGACCUGUGUUGUACAUCCUAUUGAAUCAGAAUUCCGGAAUGGGAAGACCCGGGCGUGAGAAGGCUGCGGCCGGCUUUCCCACACCCUUUCCCGCAGCUCUAGCCACGCGCGGCUAUAACCCUGAGAACGAAUGGCCCGCGAUGCACACUCAGGCCUUUGGGCGAUCUGUCUUCCUUGCUCAGGGGACAUUGAAGCCUUGGGGGCCGAUGCUGAAUCAAGGCACAUACGGAACCACACUUUUCUGGAAAGAAAGGGGACCCCCCUGAACCCCUGGCCCCCCUCCUUCUCAGAGCCACGGCUCCAAAGUCUUGCCCACCCACGGAGCCCACCCGAGGCCAUGGCAGCUCCGGCGGCCCAGGUGUCCAGGGAGCGGGCGGCAGCCGAACGUCCUGGCUCCAACCAGAAAGUUGUGAAGUACUUGGGCCAGGACUUCGAGACGCUCAGGCAGCAGUGCUUGGAUUCAGGGGUGCUGUUUAAGGACCCCGAGUUCCCAGCGUGUCCGUCAGCCUUGGGCUACAAGGAUCUUGGACCACGCUCCCCCCAAACUCAAGGCGUCAUCUGGAAGCGGCCCCCGGAAUUGUGCCCCAGCCCCCAGUUCAUCGCCGGUGGCGCCACCCGCGCGGACAUCUGUCAAGGUGGUCUGGGCGACUGCUGGCUCCUGGCGGCCAUCGCGUCCCUCACCUUGAACGAAGAGCUGCUUCACCGGGUGGUGCCCAGGGACCAGAGCUUCCAGGAGAGCUACGCGGGCAUCUUCCGUUUUCAGUUCUGGCAGCACGGCGAGUGGGUGCAGGUGGUGGUGGACGACAGGCUGCCCACGCGGGACGGGCAGCUGCUCUUCCUGCGCUCGGCCGAGGUCAGCGAGUUCUGGAGCGCUCUGCUGGAGAAGGCCUACGCCAAGCUCCUCGGCUCCUACGAGGCCCUCGCCGGCGGGUCCACGGUGGAGGGGUUUGAGGACUUCACGGGCGGCAUCUCGGAGUUUUUUGACCUGAAGAAGCCACCGACCGGCCUGUUCCAGAUCAUCCGGAAGGCCCUCCGCGCGGGGUCCCUGCUGGCCUGCUCCAUUGACGUCUCCAGCGCGGCCGAAGUGGAAGACAUCACCCGCCAGAAGCUGGUGAAGAGCCACGCGUACUCGGUCACGGGGGUCGAGGAGGUGGAUUUCCGUGGACGCCCGGAGAAGCUGAUCAGACUCAGGAAUCCGUGGGGCGAAGUGGAGUGGACGGGCGCCUGGAGUGACAAGUAGCCGGAGUGGAAUGACGUGGAUCCCAGGAAGAAGGAAGAGCUGGACACGAAGGCCGAGGAUGGAGAGUUCUGGAUGUCCUUUUCGGAGUUUCUGAGGCAGUUCUCCCGGCUGGAGAUCUGCAGAUGGUCCCCCGACUCCCUGAGCAGCGAGGAGGCGCACAAAUGGGACCUGGUGCUGUCCAAUGGCCGCUGGGCCCGGGGCUCCACCGCCGACGGCUGCCAGAACCCCCCAGGUCCCAGCCGCUGGGGCAGCCCCGGAGGAAGGCACCCCGAAAAGAUGCACCCACAUCUCUCAGGAGAAGGAGGUGAAUCCGCUUUCUCCACUUCCCGCCUCCCCAGGCCCGCGUGCCCGCCCGGCCUCGGUGAGGUGCUGUGUGACUUAACUGUCCAGGGGCAGGGCCAGCGGCAGGGCUGGGCUCGGUGCUGUGGGAGCAGCGUUACAAUAAAAUCCCCUUUGAGUGCGAGCCUGGAUCUUUUAUUUUUUUAAAUAUAUUUUAAUUGAUUUCAGA